GACCUCCACACUUCGUGCUCGGUACGGGGACUGCUAUUCUGGUUCGCGUUAGUAGACUGGUGCGCCACUCUUUGACUAGCGGUUGCGUAGCUUACGUGAAUGUUUUGUCGUAGCAGAGGCCCAGGUAAAAGGAAGUGGUCCCCCGUGGACGAGUAGCUACUAAAUCGGGACGAGAGUAAAUGGCACUUAAAAUAUUCAGCGAAUGAGUUUAAGCUAAUCGAGGUGAUCAUCAGAAAAGCAUCCAGUGGUCUGUUUUGAGCCAAAUGUGGGGAAGCAUUAGGAGCUGAAGAUAUAUUUUAUGAUGAAGCCCAGAUUAACAUUUGUCUGCCUAGCCCACGUGUCUCUUUUAUCAUGAACUGUUGAAAAGAAGAGGAUGAUGAAAUGAGAUAAAGUGGACGACUGGAGGAGCCUAGCCCCCUCACCUCCACCAGUUUGAAGCAUGGCUGGCCUACAGCUUGUUACCCCUGCCACCUCACCCAUGGGGCCUUUCUUUGGUCUUCCAUGGCAGCAGGAGGCUAUUCAUGAUAACAUUUAUACACCUAGAAAAUAUCAGGUUGAACUUCUUGAAGCAGCUCUUGAACGCAAUACCAUCGUCUGCUUGAAUACUGGCUCAGGGAAGACCUUCAUUGCAGUACUUCUAACAAAAGAGCUCUCCCACCAAAUACGUGGACCUUACCAAGAAAACGCGAAGAGGACUGUUUUUCUAGUGAACACAGCUUCUUCUGUAGUUCAGCAAGCAGCUGCAGUCAGGACUCACUCUGACCUCAGUGUGGGAGAGUAUACAGAUCUGGAGGAGACCUUAGUGUGGACUGACCAACGGUGGAGUCGAGAGAUAAUAGAAAAUCAGGUGCUGGUCAUGACUUGCCACAUAUUCCUUCAUGUUCUGAAGAAUAAAAUCUUACCAUUGUCGAAAAUCAACUUGGUGGUGUUUGAUGACUGCCACCUGGCCAUCACAGACCACCCUUACUGUCAGAUAAUGAAGCUGUUUGAGGGCUGCUCCUGCACUCCUCGUAUCCUCGGUCUCACAGCUUCCAUUCUGAAUGGAAAGUGUGACCCAUCAGAACUGGAGCAGAAGAUUCAGAAUCUGGAAAGAAUCCUUAAGAGCAAUGCUGAAACUGCCACCGAUCUUGUGGUCCUGGACAGAUACGCCUCUCAGCCAAGAGAAGUGGUGUUGGACUGCGGUUCCUAUGUGGACAAGAGUGGCCUCUCCUCCCGUUUGCAGGCUGAACUCAAUGAAGCUCUUCACUUCCUGAAUGACUGCAACAUAUCUGUGGUCAAGGAGGACCGUGAUCCCACAUUCAUCUCCAAACAGGUCCUCAAUGACUGCCGGGCCGUACUGCAGGUGCUGGGGCCCUGGUGUGCAGAUAAGGCAGCAGGCAUAAUGGUGCGCGAGCUUCAGAAGUACAUCAAACAUGAGCAGGAGGAGCUCAGCCGCAAGUUUCUACUCUUCACGGACACUAUUCUGCGCAAAGUGCACGCUCUCUGUGAGGAGCACUUCUCCCCCGCCUGCCUGGACCUCAAGUUUGUCACGCCAAAGGUCCUACGGCUGCUUGAGAUCCUGCACGAAUACAAGCCGUUUGAGCGGCAGCAGUUUGAAAGUGUGGAGUGGUACAACAACCGCAACCAGGACAACUACGUGUCCUGGAGCGACUCUGAGGAUGAAGAUGAGGAUGAAGAGGUGGAAGCCAAAGAGAGGCCUGAAGCUAACUUUCCCUCUCCAUUCACCAAUAUCCUGUGUGGAAUCAUCUUUGUGGAGAGGCGUUAUACAGCUGUUGUCCUCAAUCGUCUUAUCAAGGAGGCAGGGAAGCAGGACCCAGAGCUUGCUUAUAUAAGCAGCAACUUCAUCACAGGCCACAGUAUUGGCAAGAACCAGGCACGCAACAAGCAAAUGGAGGUGGAGUUCAGGAAGCAAGAGGAGGUUCUUCGCAAAUUCCGGGCUCAUGAAACUAACCUUCUGAUUGCCACCAGCAUCGUUGAGGAAGGCGUAGAUAUUCCAAAAUGUAACUUGGUGGUGCGGUUUGACUUGCCUACGGAGUACAGGUCCUACGUCCAGUCCAAAGGCAGAGCUAGGGCACCCGUCUCCAACUACAUCAUGCUGGCUGACACUGGGAGGACCAAAGCCUUUGAAGAAGAUCUCAGUACCUACAAGGCCAUAGAAAAAAUAUUAAGGAAUAAGUGCUCCAAGUCAGUGGAGGUGAGUGAGUUUGAAGUGGAACAGGUGAUGGAUGAUGACAACAUCCUACCACCGUAUGUUCUGCGGUCUGAGGAUGGAGGUCCUCGAGUCACCAUCAACACGGCCAUCGGACACAUUAACAGGUAUUGUGCUCGGCUGCCCAGCGACCCAUUCACUCACCUAGCACCAAAAUGUAAAACCGUAGAGAUGGGGGAUGGAUAUUUCCAGUCUACACUCUACUUGCCUAUAAACUCCCCUCUGCGAGUUCCUGUCAAGGGUCCAGUGAUGAAUUGUGCCAGACUGGCAGAGAAAGCGGUUGCACUAGUAUGCUGUGAGAAACUCCACAAAAUAGGUGAACUGGAUGAUCACCUGAUGCCCGUGGGAAAGGAGACGGUAAAAUACGAGGAGGAACUUGAUCUUCACGAUGAGGAGGAGACCAGUGUCCCAGGCCGGCCUGGUUCUACCAAGAGAAGGCAGUGCUACCCCAAAGCCAUACCGGAGUGUCUGUGUGACUGUUAUGCAGUACCGGAGCAGAGCUACUACCUGUAUGUGAUUGGGAUGGUGCUCACCACUCCCCUCCCAGAUGAGCUUAAUUUCCGUAGAAGAAAGCUCUACCCGCCAGAGGACACCACCAGGUGCUUCGGCAUACUGACUGCCAAACCCAUACCUCGAAUUCCCCAUUUCCCGGUGUACACUCGCUCUGGUGAGGUGACCAUCUCCAUCGAGUUGCAGAAGUCUGGCUUCACGCUCACCACUGCCCAGCUCGACCUCAUCACUCGUCUCCACCAGUACAUUUUCUCCCAUAUUCUCCGCCUGGAGAAACCUGCACUGGAGUUCAUGCCCACAAUGGCUGACUCUGCUUACUGUGUUCUACCUCUGAAUGUUGUUGGAGACUCCAACACACUAGAUAUGGAUUUUAAGUUUAUGGAGGACAUUGAGAAGUCUGAGGCCCGCACUGGCAUUCCUACUACUCAGUACACCAAGCAGAACCCCUUCACCUUUAAGCUGGAGGACUACCAGGAUGCUGUCAUCAUUCCAAGGUAUCGCAACUUCGACCAGCCUCAUCGCUUCUAUGUCGCUGAUGUGUACACAGACUUGACGCCACUCAGCAAGUUUCCUUCGCCAGAGUAUGAGACUUUCGCUGAGUACUACAAAACAAAGUACAACCUGGACUUGUCUAACCUUAACCAGCCACUCCUGGAUGUAGACCACACCUCCUCUAGACUAAACCUGUUAACCCCUCGACACCUAAACCAGAAGGGCAAAGCCCUGCCACUCAGCAGUGCAGAGAAGAGGAAGGCAAAGUGGGAGAGUCUACAGAACAAACAGAUCCUGGUUCCAGAACUGUGUGCCAUCCACCCUAUUCCAGCCUCCCUGUGGAGAAAAGCAGUGUGUCUGCCCAGCAUUCUUUACCGCCUACACUGCCUGUUGACUGCUGAGGAGCUCAGAGCUCAGACAGCUAGUGAGGCUGGAGUGGGAGUCCAGACCCUCCCCCCUGACUUCAGAUAUCCAAACCUGGACUUUGGCUGGAAAAGGUCUAUUGACAGCAAAACCUUCAUAUCCUGCCCUGAGUCCUGCAGCGAGGAAGGUGCCAGUCACUGUAAGCACCAAGAGACUAUAAGCCCUGAUCCCAGUUCUCUAAUGCUUCCCAGUGGUGAGCACUCUUCCAUGCCUGAGCAGGAGGACUUCAAAGCUUUAGAUUCUGAAGAAGUCCCCUGCACCAGGAACCUAACUAAUGGCACUGCCUUCGUUGCUAGCUGUGAUGAUGGCAACCAAAAUGAGCACCUUCCCCAAUGUGACAAUUGCCAAUGCUCCCAGCUCAGCUUUGCUAAGCUGCAGAGCUCCAAAUCAGUACAAAGCACUACCUCAGUUCUUGUGCAGCCCCCUCACACCUUGAAGAAGCCCAACUCCAGUCCUCCACAGCCUAGUGAUGAAUGUACAUCGGGGAGGACUUCAGACCACACAAAAAAAGCUACCUCAGUCUGCAGCCAAGCAGCCACGAGUCCCAACACUCCCACAGCACCUUCUGGUGUCUGUGCUGAUCCCCAGCAUGGAUCCCACGCAGCAAACUCACCCAAGAACUUGGGGCCCAACCCUGGUCUCAUCCUGCAGGCCCUGACCCUGUCUAAUGCCAGCGACGGCUUCAACCUGGAGCGUCUGGAGAUGCUCGGCGACUCUUUCCUGAAGCAUGCCAUUACUACAUACCUGUUCUGUACCUACCCUGAUGCUCACGAAGGACGUCUCAGCUACAUGCGCAGCAAGAAGGUGAGUAACUGUAACCUGUACCGUCUGGGAAAGAAGAAAGGGCUUCCUAGCAGAAUGGUGGUGUCCAUCUUCGACCCUCCAGUUAACUGGCUGCCUCCUGGAUAUGUGGUCAACCAGGACAAGAGCAGCACCGACAGACUUAAUUCAGAGGAGGCCAAAGAGGAGCUUUUGGCUAACGGGAGAUCUGGACACGAAUAUGAUGAGGAUGAUGAUGAGGGCGAGGAUGUAGAUGAAGAUGGCGAGCUGAUGCUGAAAGAUGAGCCAAAAGAUGAAGUGAACAUGGAGGAUGAUCUUGAGUAUUACAAGGAGCACAUCCGCUUCAUUGACAACAUGUUGCUGGGAUCUGGAGCAUUUGGGAAGAAGAUCUCAUUGAGUGGGUUCCCUCCCAAUCUUACUCCAGCUUCAGGCUCCUCACCAGCUAUGGAAUCUCCGUAUGAUUGGAAAACCCCCAAGAAGCCCCCCCAUCCAACCGCAGCUCAUUACCCCACAGAGCAGGUGCCCAGUGGGCCCUCACCUGAGGAGUUUGACUACAGCUCGUGGGAUGCAAUGUGCUACCUGGACCCCAGCAAGGCCGGCGAGGAGGAUGACUUUGUGGUAGGCUUUUGGAAUCCAUCGGAAGAGAACUGUGGCACUGAGCUCGGUAAGCAGUCCAUAUCCUACGACCUGCAUACAGAGCAGUGCAUCGCAGACAAGAGCAUCGCUGACUGUGUCGAGGCUCUGCUAGGUUGCUACCUGACCAGCUGUGGAGAGAGAGCUGCACAAAUGUUCCUGUGUUCAUUGGGCCUCAAGGUUUUACCAUUGGAGAGAGGGACACUGACUGGAGCAGUGGCACAGGUUCACACUCAUACUCAAGUUGCAGACCUGUGUUACGGCUGGCUCAAGAUCCCACCCCGCUGCAUGCUGGACCAUCCAGAUGCAGAACGAACUCUCAACCACCUCAUAUCUGGCUUUGAGAACUUUGAAAAAAAGAUCAACUACACUUUUAAGAACAAGGCUUAUCUCCUGCAAGCCUUCACUCACGCUUCCUACCAUUAUAACACCAUUACAGAUUGUUACCAGCGGCUGGAGUUUCUUGGCGAUGCAAUUCUAGACUACCUCAUAACAAAGCACCUUUACGAAGACCCACGGCAGCACUCUCCUGGAGUACUGACUGACCUGCGCUCAGCGCUCGUCAACAACACCAUCUUUGCCUCUCUGGCUGUUAAAUACGAUUAUCACAAGUACUUCAAGGCCAUCUCGCCAGAGCUUUUCCACGUCAUCGAUGACUUUGUGCAGUUUCAGCUGGAGAAGAAUGAAAUGCAAGGCAUGGACUCUGAGCUGCGGCGCUCCGAAGAAGACGAAGAGAAGGAGGAGGACAUUGAAGUCCCUAAGGCCAUGGGAGAUAUCUUUGAGUCGCUAGCUGGAGCAAUUUACAUGGACAGCAGGAUGUCAUUGGAGACUGUGUGGCAAGUGUAUUAUCCAAUGAUGAGGCCACUUAUAGAGAAAUUCUCUGCCAAUGUGCCACGCUCUCCUGUGAGAGAGCUGCUCGAGAUGGAACCAGAAACUGCAAAGUUCAGCCCUGCAGAAAGGACAUAUGAUGGGAAAGUCCGCGUGACAGUGGAGGUCGUUGGAAAGGGCAAGUUUAAAGGUGUUGGCCGCAGCUACCGGAUUGCCAAGUCGGCGGCGGCGCGACGAGCUCUGCGCAGCCUCAAAGCCAAUCAACCUCAGGUUCAAAACAAUUGAGCUCUCUUACUGAGCUGUCAGCAUUAGCACCUAAGUUACCGAAGCCGACAGAGCAACGUCGGCUUCCGAACACAGCGUGAUACUAGCCCUGUAUCUUUAGCCUGUGAUGGCACAACAACGGCACCCAGGGAACACUGUGUGCAGACACAACAAUUGAAGAAGACUGAUAUCACAGCCGAUUUCACAUGAGAUAUUCUACCUUUCUUCUUUUUUUCUUCUUUUUUUUGCGCAAACACAAUCUUUACUUUUCCUCUCUGCUUUGUGUAAUCAUGAGUGCUUUAUUAACGUUUAGCAAAGUGUUUAUAAAAAAAAAAAGGUCAGGUCACAGUGUCAAUUCCCCACUGUUCUUUUUGUCGUCAUCUGUUUUUAACCUUGUGUCAGUGAGAUGAGGCUUACGCUUAUUGUGUAGUAUUAGAUUGUACAUAGUUCAAUCAGAGGUGUAUGUAGGAAGAAAAGAAAACGCUAAACUCCUCAGCCUGUGCACUAGUGCCAGUCAGUUUUAAAGCGGUUUGUAAAACGCUAACGGCAGACGUGGCUAACAGAUACCACUGGAGCAAACACCUGGUGGGAUUUCUGUCUAAUCUGUCUUGAAAUGUAUUCUUGAUCAGUUUUGCACUUAUUCCAUUAGGAUCUGUUAUUUUGAGAAUGGUGUGGUCAGAUUGACACCAAAAUCAUAUACGUAGCAAAGUAUAUAAAUAUAUAUGAAAUGCAUCAAUGAUAUUAUUGGCCUUAGAUGCUAAGGCUCACCGUCAUCCUGCAAAACGGAUAGGAAUUACAACAUUCCCAGUUACUGUAAUUUAAACUAGUUUCUAACCGCACUUGAGGUUGCAUGUUCUUGUAGCUUAUGUAUAAACCGAGACAACUGGAUGGCUUCUAUAAAUGUUUCAAGUCUACGGCUAUAUGUAGUGCGAGAGCCAGAUGAGAUGUUUAAGGCAUUAUCUCGGCGAUUUGGUUUUAGCAAUGCCAAGAGGUGAUGGAGUCGACUUGGUCAGUCUUGCGCAAUAGAUGUCUUUCCACAGCAAAUCAUCCAGUUUUGAUACGAGGAAAAAAGAGAGACAUAUCACCCGUUCAAUAUGCUGCAGAAUUUUCUAUGAAUUGGAUACUCGUGUGUGACACGGAAUCUUUUCAGACAGUCUUUGUGAACAAGACCAAUUCAUUUCAACAGUGUUCCUCACAUCCCUUACCUACCAAAGCUAUAGUAGAUGUGACACUAUGAGAAUGAAGUCAGUUCCUGAGGGUAAGGAUACCAGCCUUGUCUGUGGUUUUUGCUUCUUGCUAAAUGUCUCCUCCUCCCCCUCAUAAAUAAGCCCUUUUCACUUGAAUACCUCAGUUAAUUGCAUGCAUUUUCUUGUCUUUGUUUUUCUUUUUUGUUUGGUGCUAUUUUUUUUUGUAUUAAGCUUGAACUUCUCAUCUUUUUGCACUGUAACUAUAAUACCUCUUUAUUUGACCUCCUUUUUUCCCUUUUUUUUUUCUUUUUUAAACUGUUUAGUUUGGUGGUCCUGUUUGUUUGCUAUAGAGCUGUAAAGGAGAGCUGUGUGGUCGACUCUUCUUCCCUCUCAUACUUGAGGCACUUGAUGAUUUUUAGAGGGCGGGGAUAGGAAUUGUUUUCUCUGCACAUAAAUUAGUUUCAUCAUCUAUUCAUUUCAAACAAUUUAGAGUGUCUUUUUCAAUUCAGGGGUAAAACAGACGAUUGAUUGAUCACAUGAGGAUACAUGCUUGUAGAGGUAAUCGGAUUGCACUCUUAAAUUUGCUCCAAAACAUAGGCGGUGAAAAUACUUGACUUAACUCUUCAAUUCUGUCUUCAUAAAUAAGGGUUGGAGACUUUUACCUGUGUGACACCUGAACUGUUAGUAUAGCGAUCUGAAAUCUAAUCGGUCACAAAAUCCUCCACACAGGUCUUCUACCUCAAAGGACCGUCCUCUCAGUGUUCAUUUCUGCACGAGACUGCAGUUCAGUUCAGUGCACUCUGACAGCGCCGUCUACAUCAGAUCUUCAGUAUACAAUAAGCCAAUCUCCAAUUCCAUCAUAAUGAUUUGCGUCGCUUGUCUUGAAUCAAAGAUGUGACUCAGAUCUUAGUGCCUUCUGUGGGAGGAAACCAGCAUGUGCACGGACUGGAUCGCAGGCCCUGCUCGUAUCUGACGUUAACAUGGAUAUUCGGCGUUCUGAGUGGACAGCCCACUUCACUCCUGUCAUUAGAAUGCAUCUCGUGGGUGUUGUGGUGCAGAGUACCACUCAUGAUUGGCUCUCAGUCAUCCACUCUGUAUGUAAAUAUGUGCCUGCCUCAACACCAUUUUCAACAACCACAUGCCAGAUCCUGCACGGGUACACUUUCCAAACCCGCGUUUGCCCCUGCUCGGACGGCUCGGUCAUUCCCUGUAGUCGUCUCUAGGUCAAAUCCAGAUAACUUGCCAUGUAUGGGCUAUGGACAGUGUUAGCUAUGAUACUUGGCCAAGAUGGGUCAUUGUUUAGAGUGGGCCUGUGGAAAGUGACUUGGGGAACACUGAAAAGAAAAAUGCCUGGUGAAAGCAGUUAGCUGCAGGAUUGGAUUUUUGGCCUGGAGUUUUCUUUUGUUUUGUUUUACUGGCAGGUUACCAGUCAGUGGAGUAGCCUCCCGAGUAGCGUACACAGGAUGUUCAGCGACACACUGAAUACACAAAUCCACAUGAAUGUAUAUGUUCUUGCUUUUGAUCUAAACUCCCUAAUUAAACUGAAGAUUAUUCCUAAAUAAAUCAUGUCACUGAUUGGCUCCAGUGUCCUUGGCUGAUUGAAGACCCACUGCAGACAUUUUCUAACUCUGACCUGUGCUAAGUGUUACUAGAAAAAAACAUAAACCUGAGAGCUCAGAACAGGGCCUUCCCUCUGAUUGGUUACCUGAAAGGGUUUCGAUCAGCAAUAGAGGGCAGAAGUAUUCUGUGUUAGAAACACCCAAACGAAGUUCAGACUGAUAGCUGCUGCAGUACAGUAGUUUUGAAUCUGUCGGAAGAAGGGCACAAAUCCCAAAUUUCUGCUGACCCGUUUGUUGCACCAACUGGUCCUGGUUUCUUUUUCCCAGAUUUCCGUUCACUUCCUUUGGUCCUGCAGAAUGUGAAACUUUGCAACACUUCAGUCCACCUUUUUACAGCUUAUCACCGUCAGAGUGCAAUCUGUUAUUAUUUCUCAAGCAGGCAGAGUGGAACUAUGAAAACCAGGCUGUGAUUUCUCAUUCCCCCAUUAGAGACACUGUGGGCUGUCAGUUUCACCCUGCCACUCCUCAGUCUGUAGUAAACACACAGAGCUGAACACACUAAUCAUCAGUGAGACUCUGGGAGGGACGGAAGAGGGAUUAUUUAAAAAAGAAAAAAUGUGAAUCGCUCACGGUGCCACACCCACUGUAUUUUGUGUGACCGACAGAAAACGAGGAUCACGAAUAAUCUCGUCAGCCACGUGUGGCAUCUGUCUCGAACAGCCGUUUCAGAUGGAGACGAAGAAGUGUGUGGGAGUGCUGAAAUAAAGGUAGCCCUGGAUUAUUUUGAGUGGACAAUGUAUUCUUCUACUGGCAAAGGUUUUUGUUUUUGGGGUUUUUUUUUCUUUUUGUACAUGUAGCACAAUUGAGCAUUGCACUUGGGCGCCAUACUUUACCUCAUGUCAAAGUGUGAAAGGGACUGAACAAUGGAGGAAAAAGCAGUGUGUGUAUAUAUGAUGCCAUGUUAAGGACUAACUUGUGGUUCAGGCUUUGCUGCUGUCUCCGUUGCUGGUGUUACACAAAUCUAUGUUUAAAAUGAGAGAAUGAGAUGAUUGGAGAGGAAAGAUAAAAACGUGCCUGCAGGCUCUCACCUGACAAAUACACUGUAAGAAGAAUCUCUGUAAUUGGGGCUAAAAUGUCUGGAUGUCAUGUGUCAGAUAUCCUGCCUUAAAUGUGUUUGGAAAUGAAUUGUGAAGUCCAACUGACACUUUGAAUUGAAUUCUGCUUUGUCACAAAAUGCAAACUAGCCCACUACAGGAGGAGAAAUGAGGCUGGCACGUGUAAUCAAACUUCCAGCCUUUUGAGAACCUAAAGGAAAAAUCUACUCAUGCUCAUGAGAUGCGGCUCACAUGAGUACGUCUGCUCUUCAAGUGUAGGCUGAAAGUGGUCUGUCAUUCGUACGAAUUGGACCAUAAACUGUUUACAUUUGAUUGUCUGUGAUCUUCUGUGAAUUCUUUGCCUGUAAAACUAUUGCUCAACUUCGCUGUGGAUGUAAUUAGAAUGUUUUGACACCAAUCACGAAAAAAGCAACACUUUGAAGUCAAACUAGAUAGAUUACUGUAGUAACACUGUUUGGUCUUCAAGUUGGGAUUUAUCAGAACACCUUCAGCAUCAGCAGCAGUCUUCUUUCUGCAGCUGCUGUAAACAAGCAAACACUGCACUUCUUGGUCCUUUGUGCAAACUUCAACAGUUACUAUGGAGACGCUGAACUGGGUCUCCUCCAGUAGGUCAAAGUAUCUAGCCCCGUAUGCAGCCUUGUGUCCACAGCUCACUCUGUAAUUUUCCCUUUCAUUGAUCUGACUACAUAAAGUCUGCAGAAACAACAAAUGGUCCUUUUCAAGGUAGAGUAGAGCCUAACCAAAAUGGCAAACUUUCAGUACUGAUAUAUUAACUGAUAUUGGCUAUGUGUGCUAAUGUAUGCAGUACCAUUGUGUACUGUGGAUUUGACAAACUGUGAUUAUGUCAUUUCUCAAUUACAUCAAGCGUUCCUGAACUGUAGUGCUCCUAAAACAAUACAUUGUCUCAAUACUACUUUAUUUAGAAUUUAAUUUGCGAGCUUAGACUAAUGGAUCUGACACCUGAUUACAGUGUCAAUGAUUUUUAAGUCUCGGCGAGGUGUGUGCAGUUUAACAAAUAGGGAAGAUAAUGUGUGCUGUUAUAUUUUUAGUGUGGGGUGGGAGACCUAGCAGAACUCACUCUGUAGUUUAUUAGACAUGGGAAUGGAAAGUUCAUGCUGAUGAUUUGUGAAAACUCCAAUCCAAUAGUGUCCAUAGUACUGUGUUCAGUAGUCCUACAUGAACAUCCCAGAACAUCAGAGUGGUAUGCACUUUGGUGGAAUCAUUCAGCUGAGCCGAGUUUUCAAAGGGGCAGACCAAUGAAUUUAGCCCCCCCCCAAAAAAAAAAAAAAAUCAGCUGAAUAAAGUGACAGCAGUAGAAGUCCUUUAAUGUUUAUGGUGUUGAAGGUGGACUUGGACUCACUACGGUGUGCUCAUGUUUGUAUUUGUAUUUUAGGACCUUACAGCAGAUAUCAGUGGGUACUGUGGUGAAUAGUAUGACAAUCUUGGGAAAUGGUUAAGGUUUUCUAAAAUGCUUAAUUACAAUCAAGUUUCCAAAGUGUUUAAGUUUUCUGUGAAUGAGUGUCAGAAAAUUCUUUUUUUUUUUUUUUUUACAUCCACCGUGACAUCAGAGUUUCAAAUGUUUUUAUGUUGGGCAGGCACUAGAUCUCGAUGUCAGGUCGGCUAUCUGCAUUUGUCUGAUUGACUGACUGUAAAUUUGUAAAGCAAAUGUCACCGUAUCCAGCAUUAUUGGUGUUUUUUUUUUUUUUUUAAAGUGGGUUUUUCCUUCAAGGAUCAAAUAUGGAGUGUAAGAAAACCAACAUUGCUUUGUUAAAUGUUAAACAGUGAAAAGUGGGGUAAAGAGAGAACUCAUGGCAGCAAGAAAUUGGUCUCAUGAAGCCAGCAUGGAACAUCCUGUUCACCAUGCGGCAGAACACCAGCAGAAUGGAGCUACACAGAUCGAGUGAACUGUUAUCAGUAUGAGGAAUUAUGGGCCAUCACAACCUGCAGCAAAUAUAUUUAAGGGACUUUGGAAUAGAACUCAAUCAUACUGUAAUACCGUGCUGCAGUGGUUUGCGGUCUGCACCUUAUGGAUCACAAAUACCUUUAAUUCCCCCCAUGUUUUUAUAAUUGUAGCCCGUUAUAUCUACAAUAAAAAUAAUGGUAUGGUCA